CUCUCUCCCUCCCUCUCUCUCCCUCCCUCCCCCCCCCCCUCGCUCCAGGAACCUGCCCAUCCCUGAGAGGCCCAGGAGACUUGAGUGACAGUCCUCUGGAGCAUCCUCCAAAGAAAGGAAGAGACACCCGGGACCGGAAGUCGGCGUCAAGAUCAUACUGUGACUUUUCAAGGGGAAGUGCCUAAGGACCCUGAACCAGACCUCGCCCCCAUGUGGGAAACGGAGAAAUAUUUCCAGCAGCAGGAGCGGUGUGGUGACCCAUCACACUGAUGGCUUCAGAAAGGUGGAGAAGGAAAACCACCUGGCCUUGAAAGUGGGGAGCCAAAUGGCCACAGGGGACCCUGCAGCGCACCUCUGCCAGGACGAGCCCCAGGGAACAGGCAGCCACGCAGUGACUGAGGAGAGCCCCGAGAGGACAGCGGCAAGGGGGGGACGUCCUCCCACGGAGCGCUGUCCAGAGAACCUUCACAUCAGACUUGGGUCUGAUGUCACAGAGCUGGGCUCGCCCUUGUUCCGGGGUGAGGUGACCUGCCACAGCGGCCAGCCGAAAGAACCUUUGGGUCCCUCGGAAUAUAACCGCCGGGACCUUCCCGAAUGGAAGUCACGGUCAGUCAGCUGUAGCCAGCAGAAGUUUCCCACGGAGGAGCAACCCUGUGCCCGUGGCAGCCGUGGGAAAGCACUCCACCCCGGCCCCAACGGCCAUCCGCGUGAGAAAAUCCACUUGGCGGCGGCAAAGCUGUUCAGAUGUGGUCGGUGUGGUGAGGACUUCAGUCAGAACUCAGAGCUGCUGCUCCACCAGCGAGGCCACGCACAAGAGAAACCCUACAGGUGUGAGCAGUGUGGCAAGGGCUUCACCAGGAGCUCCAGCCUGCUCGUCCACCAGGCCGUGCACACAGAAGAGAAACCCUACAGGUGUGAGCAGUGCGGCAAGGGCUUCACCAGGAGCUCCAGCCUGCUCGUCCACCACGCGGUGCACACCGGCGAGAAGCCCUACAAGUGCGACAGGUGCGCCAAGGGCUUCAGCCAGAGCUCCAAGCUGCUCAUCCACCAGCGGGUGCACACCGGGGAGAAGCCCUACGAGUGCGGGGAGUGCGGCAUGAGCUUCAGCCAGCGCUCCAACCUGCACAUCCACCAGCGGGUGCACACUGGGGAGAGGCCCUACAAGUGCGCCGAGUGUGGCAAGGGCUUCAGCCAGAGCUCCAACCUGCACAUCCACCGCUGCGUCCACACCGGCGAGAAGCCCUACCAGUGCUACGAGUGCGGCAAGGGCUUCAGCCAGAGCUCGGACCUGCGCAUCCACCUGCGGGUGCACACCGGCGAGAAGCCCUACCACUGCGGCAAGUGCGGCAAGGGCUUCAGCCAGAGCUCCAAGCUGCUCAUCCACCAGCGGGUGCACACCGGCGAGAAGCCCUAUGAGUGCGGGGAGUGCGGCAAGGGCUUCAGCCAGAGCUCCAACCUGCACAUCCACCAGCGGGUGCACAGGAAAGAGCCCCGCUGAGGACAGGAGCUGGCGCCGCGGACCGGAGGGACUGUGUUCUUCACCUCACUCUUCCUCGUAUUCCAGAGGAGAGAGAGGGAGGAAGGGUCGCUCAGAGAAGUUCCUUCACGGAAACAAAACCGUUCCUUCAUUCACUCACUCAUUGUUCUAAGUUCCAGGCACUUUAUUACGCUGCACACCUGUGGAUCACCCUGGAUCCUCAGAUAGGUAGAGUGACCUUACAAUUCAGUCUGUUUGGAACCGUAUGUUCUGCCCAGUGUUGCCAACAACGAGAACUUGGUAUCUGUCCAAGCAGGGCAUGUCUGCCCUUAUCCACGUUACCUGAGAAGUUGCAAUCUGAUUUCUCCUCAAAUCGGGUGCCUUGUGUUCUUGGUGUUUUCUGAGACAACAUCUGGUUUGUCCGGUUUUGGCCUAGGAUGUAUGGGAGAAAGCUGCAGAGGCUGUGGACAUCUCUUGUUGAUUGCAAUACUGCACCGCGGUCUGUAGCCACACAGCAAGGAGGUGGAAAAGGCCACCUCUGCACACGACUUUUAGUGGGACAUCGAGUGCCCUUCCCCCAGGCAGCUGUUCAGAAACAGGUAGUUCCUUUUCAUGGGUACAAGCUAGUUUAUUGGGAAAUUUUCUAGAUCUCCCCACCUCAUACAUGCUCCCCACACACACCAUGCUGAAACAUGGCAAAUGAAGUUGAUUUUAUUUAAAUAUAUUUAAUGCCCCUCCCAGCACUUCCGCAUCCGGUUGUCUUAAUUUAUUUCACCACCCCAUGCCCUGAGCAAAACAAAGGAGUCCGGCAUUUUUCUUUCUGAGCUUUAAUGUCUCACGUAAGUGCCCUAAAAACGUCAUUUGUUUUACCCACUCCUUUGACCUCACUAUAGACAACUAAUUUCUUUCUGUUAUUUUUGCAUUUGCUUACUAAUAUGCCACAUGAAAGUAGCUACACAGAUGUUUUAGCCACAUUUGGAGAAUAUAUUGAGAAGAGGACUGAAAACAUGUGCCCUAUCACUCACUUCCCUAGGGGUGUGGAUGGCAUUGGUGUGGCUAUAGGCCCCCCACAGUAAGGCAUUUGGCGCUUGGGAGUUAACACAGGAAGUCUGUGCAACAGCAGGAGACUGAUUGCCAGCAUGUAACUACAUAGGAAGUUACCAUUCAGUGGGCUCCUAGUUGCAACUCAUGAUUGCGCAUGCAAUGCUGCUUAAAGAACCCCAGUUCUCUCCCAUAACUAGCCCCCAUAUUUUAAAAGAACCAGAUAGGCACAUAUUUACUAGCUAGGAAGGUGGAGUUGUAGCGGAUCCCCAGACUAAGGGUGAUCUGAAGCACUUAGCGCUAAGGACGUACCAGGUCACCAACUCAAGGGAAGCAGUUACUCCCAGAAAAAGGAAUGAAGGAGGGUGAGUGACACACAUCGGCUUUCCUUCGAGAGAGACUCCUGGACUGGCUGUAGCCCUGAACAGUCUGUGGGGGAAUGAUUCUGGGUGGUGGCUUAGCACCUGCCCUUGGGCUCUGCAGAGUAGCCUUUGUUCAGGCAGCACCACAAGUGCUUUGUGGAUGAGGUCUCAGAUUCCAGCCACCCUCUGAAGAGGUGAUGGCUUUGACUUCCCUGUCACACCGGCCUUCGAAUUGAUUAACGUGAUCUAACUGGAAUUGGGAGCCAUGUCAAGUAUAAAGAACCCAUGGACACAAAGGCCACGGCAUAGGGCUGAAGUCAGUCCCAGACAUAAAACUGUUUUUCCAGAUUUCCUUUUAUAUGUAAUUUUGAGUCAUCACAUUUUUGUUUUAAGAUUUGUUUGUUUGUUUGAAAGGCGGAGUUACAGAGAGGCAGAGGCCGAGACAAGUCUCCCGUCUGCUGAGAGAGUCUUUCCAGUCACUCCCCAGGUGGCCGCAAUGACCAGGGCUGGGCCAGACCAAAGCAAGGAGCUUCAUCCAGGUCUUCCACGUGGGUGUGGGGCCCACCCACACUUGGGCCAUCUUCCACUGCUUUUCCCAGGCCAUUAGCAGGGAGCUGGGUCAGAAGUGGAGCAGCUGGGGCUUGAACCAGCACACUUAUCACCAGCCCUGAGUUGUCAAUGUUUUAACUAUUUUAACUAGCUAUUGCUGUUCUCUUUUAGGCAUUAUCUUCCUUUCUUUAAAUUUAUAUUUUAAAAGAUUCAUUUUUAUUUGAAAGGCAGAGAGGGAGA